CUGGUUAGAUGUCAGGUUAAAAGCAUUUCAUUUUGUGUGCCCACUUUCUGCCCAUAUCCUUGUUGCCAUCCAUCAUCCUGGAAUAGUGGGAUUGAGGAGGCUGGUGUAGGUGUUGUUCGUGGGGUUGAGGAGGCUGGUGUAGGUGUUGUUUGUGUGAUUGAGCAGGCUGGUGUUGGUGUUGUUUGUGGGAUUGAGGAGGCUGGUGUAGGUGUUGUUCGUGGGAUUGAGGAGACUGGUGUAGGUGUUGUUUGUCGGUUUGAGGAGGCUGGUGUAGGUGUUGUUCAUGGGGUUGAGAAGACUGGUGUAGGUGUUGUUUGUCGGUUUGAGGAGGCUGGUGUAGGUGUUGUUUGUGGGAUUGAGGAGGCUGGUUUACGUGUUCUUCGUGAGAUUGAGGAGGCUGGUGUAGGUGUUGUUCGUGGGAUUGAGGAGACUGGUGUAGGUGUUGUUUGUCGGUUUGAGGAGGCUGGUGCAGGUGUUGUUUGUGUGAUUGAGCAGGCUGGUGUUGGUGUUGUUUGUGGGAUUGAGCAGGCUGGUGUAGGUGUUGUUCGUGAGAUUGAGGGGACUGGUGUAGGUGUUGUUCGUGGGAUUGAGGAGGCUGGUGUAGGUGUUGUUCAUGGGAUUGAGGCUGGUGUAGGUGUAGUUCGUGAGAUUGAGGAGACUGGUGUAGGUGUUGUUCGUGAGAUUGAGGAGACUGGUGUAGAUGUUGUUCAUGGAGUUGAGGAGACUGGUGUAGGUGUUGUUCGUGAGAUUGAGGAGACUGGUGUAGGUUUUGUUCGUGAGAUUGAGCAGGCUGGUGUAGGUGUUAUUUGUGGGAUUGAGGAGACUGGUGUAGGUGUUGUUCAUGGGAUUGAGGAGACUGGUUUAGGUGUUGUUUGUGGGAUUGAGGAGGCUGGUGUAGGUGUAUUUCGUGCGAUUGUGGAGACUGGUGUAGGUGUUGUUUGUGGGAUUGAGGAGGCUGGUAUAGGUGUUGCUUGUGGAUUUGAGGAGGCUGGUGUAGGUGUUCGUGAGAUUGAGGAGACUGGUGUAGGUGUAUUUCGUGCGAUGGUGGAGACUGGUGUAGGUGUUGUUUGUGGGAUUGAGGAGGCUGGUAUAGGUGUUGCUUGUGGAUUUGAGGAGGCUGGUGUAGGUGUUCGUGAGAUUGAGGAGACUGGUGUAGGUGUUGUUCGUGGGAUUGAGGAGGCUGGUGUAGGUGUUGUUCGUGAGAUUGAGGAGGCUGGUGUAGGUGUUGUUCGUGGGAUUGAGGAGACUGGUGUAGGUGUUGUUCAUGGCGUUGAGGAGACUGGUGUAGGUGUUGUUUGUCGGUUUGAGGAGGCUGGUUUAGGUGUUUUUGGGAUUAAAGAGACUGGUGUAGGUGCUGUUUAUGAGACUGAGGAGGCUGGUGUAGGUGUUGCUCAUGGGGUUGAGGAGACUGGUGUAGCUGUUGUUCCUGGGGUUGAGCAGAGUGGUGUAGGUGUUCUUCGUGGGAGUGAGGAGGCUUGUUUACGUGUUCUUCGUGAGAUUGAGGAGGCUGGUGUAGGUGUUGUUCGUGGGAUUGAGGAGACUGGUGUAGGUGUUGUUCAUGGGGUUCAGGAGACUGGUGUAGGUGUUGUUUGUCAGUUUGAGGAGGCUGGUGUAGGUGUUGUUUGUGGGAUUAAGGAGGCUGGUGUAGGUUUUUUUUGUGGGAUUGAGGAGGCUGGUGUAAGUGUUGUUCGUGAGAUUGAGGAGACUGGUGUAGGUGUUGUUCAUGAGAUUGAGGAGACUGUUGAGGGUGUUGUUCGUGGGAUUGAGGAGACUGGUGUAGGUGUUGUUCGUGGAGUUGAGGAGGCUGGUGUAGGUGUUGUUCCUGGGAUUGAGGAGACUGGUGUAGGUGUUGUUUGUCGGUUUGAGGAGGCUGGUGUAGGUGUUGUUUGUGUGAUUGAGCAGGCUGGUGUAGGUGUUGUUCGUGGGAUUGAGGAGACUGGUGUAGGUGUUGUUUGUCGGUUUCAGGAGGCUGGUGUAGGUGUUGUUCAUGGGGUUGAGGAGACUGGUGUAGGUGUUGUUUGUCGUUUCGAGGAGGCUGGUGUGGGUGUUGUUUGUGGGAUUGAGGAGGCUGAUUUACGUGUUCUUCGUGAGAUUGAGGAGGCUGGUGUAGGUGUUGUUCGUGGGAUUGAGGAGACUGGUGUAGGUGUUGUUCAUGGGGUUGAGGAGACUGGUGUAGGUGUUGUUUGUAGGUUUGAGGAGGCUGGUGUAGGUGUUGUUUGUGUGAUUGAGGAGGCUGCUGUAGGUGUUGUUCGUGAGAUUGAGGGGACUGGUGUAGGUGUUGUUCGUGGGAUUGAGGAGGCUGGUGUAGGUGUUCAUGGGAUUGAGGAGGCUGGUGAGGGUGUUGUUCGUGGGAUUGAGGAGACUGGUGUAGGUGUUGUUUGUGGGAUUGAGGACGCUGGUUUACGUGUUCUUCGUGAGAUUGAGGAGGCUGGUGUAGGUGUUGUUCGUGGGAUUGAGGAGGCUGGUGUAAGUGUUGUUCGUGAGAUUGAGGAGACUGGUGUAGGUGUUGUUCAUGAGAUUGAGGAGACUGGUGAGGGUGUUGUUCGUGGGAUUGAGGAGACUGGUGUAGGUGUUGUUCGUGGAGUUGAGGAGGCUGGUGUAGGUGUUGUUCCUGGGAUUGAGGAGACUGGUGUAGGUGUUGUUUGUCGGUUUGAGGAGGCUGGUGUAGGUGUUGUUUGUGUGAUUGAGCAGGCUGGUGUUGGUGUUGUUUGUCGGAUUGAGGAGGCUGAUGUAGGUGUAGUUCGUGAGAUUGAGGAGACUGGUGUAGGUGUUGUUCGUGAGAUUGAGGAGACUGGUGUAGGUUUUGUUCGUGAGAUUGAGCAGGCUGGUGUAGGUGUUAUUUGUGGGAUUGAGGAGACUGGUUUAGGUGUUGUUUGUGGGAUUGAGGAGACUGGUGUAGGUGUUGUUUGUCGGUUUGAGGAGGCUGGUGUAGGUGUUGUUUGUGUGAUUGAGCAGGCUGGUGUUGGUGUUGUUUGUGGGAUUGAGGAGGCUGGUGUAGGUGUUGUUCGUGGGAUUGAGGAGACUGGUGUAGGUAUUGUUUGUCGGUUUGAGGAGGCUGGUGUAGGUGUUGUUCAUGGGGUUGAGGAGACUGAUGUAGGUGUUGUUUGUCGUUUUGAGGAGGCUGGUGUAGGUGUUGUUUGUGGGAUUGAGGAGGCUGGUUUACGUGUUCUUCGUGAGAUUGAGGAGGCUGGUGUAGGUGUUGUUCGUGGGAUUGAGGAGACUGGUGUAGGUGUUGUUCAUGGGGUUGAGGAGACUGGUGUAGGUGUUGUUUGUCGGUUUGAGGAGGCUGGUGUAGGUGUUGUUUGUGUGAUUGAGCAGGCUGGUGUUGGUGUUGUUUGUGGGAUUGAGGAGGCUGGUGUAUGUGUUGUUCGUGAGAUUGAGGGGACUGGUGUAGGUGUUGUUCGUGGGAUUGAGGAGGCUGGUGUAGGUGUUGUUCAUGAGAUUGAGGAGGCUGGUGUAGGUGUUGUUCGUGGGAUUGAGGAGACUGGUGUAGGUGUUUGUCGGAUUGAGGAGGCUGAUGUAGGUGUUGUUCGUGAGAUUGAGGAGACUGGUGUAGAUGUUGUUCAUGGAGUUGAGGAGACUGGUGUAGGUGUUGUUCUUGAGAUUGAGGAGACUGGUGUAGGUUUUGUUUGUGAGAUCGAGCAGGCUGGUGUAGGUGUUAUUUGUGGGAUUGAGGAGACUGGUGUAGGUGUUGUUCGUGGGAUUGAGGAGACUGGUUUAGGUGUUGUUCGUGGGAUUGAGGAGGCUGGUGUAGGUGUAUUUCGUGCAAUUGUGGAGACUGGUGUAGGUGUUGUUUGUGGGAUUGAGGAGGCUGGUGUAGGUGUUGCUUGUGGAUUUGAGGAGGCUGGUGUAGGUGUUCGUGAGAUUGAGGAGACUGGUGUAGGUGUUGUUCGUGGGAUUUAGGAGACUGGUGUACUUGUUGUUCGUGAGAUUGAGGGGACUGGUGUAGGUGUUGUUCGUGGGAUUGAGGAGGCUGGUGUAGGUGUUGUUCAUGAGAUUGAGGAGGCUGGUGUAGGUGUUGUUCGUGGGAUUGAGGAGACUGGUGUAGGUGUUGUUUGUCGGAUUGAGGAGGCUGAUGUAGGUGUUGUUCGUGAGAUUGAGGAGACUGGUGUAGGUGUUGUUCGUGAGAUUGAGGAGACUGGUGUAGAUGUUGUUCAUGGAGUUGAGGAGACUGGUGUAGGUGUUGUUCGUGAGAUUGAGGAGACUGGUGUAGGUUUUGUUCGUGAGAUUGAGCAGGCUGGUGUAGGUGUUAUUUGUGGGAUUGAGGAGACUGGUGUAGGUGUUGUUCGUGGGAUUGAGGAGACUGGUUUAGGUGUUGUUCGUGGGAUUGAGGAGGCUGGUGUAGGUGUAUUUCGUGCGAUUGUGGAGACUGGUGUAGGUGUUGUUUGUGGGAUUGAGGAGGCUGGUGUAGGUGUUGCUUGUGGAUUUGAGGAGGCUGGUGUAGGUGUUGUUCGUGGGAUUUAGGAGACUGGUGUACUUGUUGUUCGUGAGAUUGAGGGGACUGGUGUAGGUGUUGUUCGUGGGGUCGAGGAGGCUGGUUUAGGUGUUGUUUUUGGGAUUAAAGAGUCUAGUGUAGGUGUUGUUCGUGGGAUUUAGGAGACUGGUGUACUUGUUGUUCGUGAGAUUGAGGGGACUGGUGUAGGUGUUGUUCGUGGGAUUGAGGAGGCUGGUGUAGGUGUUGUUCAUGAGAUUGAGGAGGCUGGUGUAGGUGUUGUUCGUGGGAUUGAGGAGACUGGUGUAGGUGUUGUUUGUCGGAUUGAGGAGGCUGAUGUAGGUGUUGUUCGUGAGAUUGAGGAGACUGGUGUAGGUGUUGUUCGUGAGAUUGAGGAGACUGGUGUAGAUGUUGUUCAUGGAGUUGAGGAGACUGGUGUAGGUGUUGUUCGUGAGAUUGAGGAGACUGGUGUAGGUUUUGUUCGUGAGAUUGAGCAGGCUGGUGUAGGUGUUAUUUGUGGGAUUGAGGAGACUGGUGUAGGUGUUGUUCGUGGGAUUGAGGAGACUGGUUUAGGUGUUGUUCGUGGGAUUGAGGAGGCUGGUGUAGGUGUAUUUCGUGCGAUUGUGGAGACUGGUGUAGGUGUUGUUUGUGGGAUUGAGGAGGCUGGUGUAGGUGUUGCUUGUGGAUUUGAGGAGGCUGGUGUAGGUGUUGUUCGUGGGAUUUAGGAGACUGGUGUACUUGUUGUUCGUGAGAUUGAGGGGACUGGUGUAGGUGUUGUUCGUGGGGUCGAGGAGGCUGGUUUAGGUGUUGUUUUUGGGAUUAAAGAGUCUAGUGUAGGUGCUGUUUGUGAGACUGAGGAGGCUGGUGUAGGUGUUGUUCAUGGGGUUGAGGAGACUGGUGUAGCUGUUGUUCCUGUGGUUGAGCAGAGUGGUGUAGGUGUUGUUCGUGGGAGUGAGGAGGCUGGUUUACGUGUUCUUCGUGAGAUUGAGGAGGCUGGUGUAGGUGUUGUUCGUGGGAUUGAGGAGACUGGUGUAGGUGUUGUUUGUCAGUUUGAGGAGGCUUGUGUAGGUGUUGUUUGUGGGAUUGAGGAGGCUGGUGUAGGUUUUUUUUGUGGG